UACAGAGCAACAGUCACUGAUAUUGAUGCAGCCCUUCACAGAUAGUUCCACAGUGAGCGCUUUGCUGUCCAGCGUCGUCGAAGUACGCACUCUGCUGCCGUACUGAAGGCGACAAAGACUCGAGAAAGCUGUUUGCGUAGCCGUCUGUACAGGAUGGGACAAUGGCUGACAAAGCCCAGCGUUGCCUUUGAUGGUGAUCCUCAAGAACGCGUCUCCGAUCUUCGGGUCGUGACGAGACCCUUGAGACCUCUCACUGAUGAACCUGUGGUUGAAGGCAGCAUGCGCUCCACUGGUGGUAACAGUUUCUCUAUCAACUUGGAGACAUCUAACGGUGACAUAGCGAUACACAUCAAUCCACGCUUCAGCCAAAGACAAACUGUUGUGAACUCGCUUCAGAACGGUGGCUGGAGAACAGAGAAGCACUAUUCUAUCCCCAUCUGCAAAGGAGCCCGCUUCACUUUCAAGAUCGAGGCGAAGGGACUUAUGUACACGGUUUACUUCGAUUCGACGAAUUUGGCCUCCUACCAGAGCCACGCCGACUGUCAGACAGUAACGGCGCUCACUGUGUAUGGAGACGCAACCCUGGACGAAGUGCGUCAGCACGCGGAGAGUUAUCAACCAAAGAAAACAAUGCACAACUAGCAAAAUGCUGUAGAAAUACAUUUUUGCUACAAGGAA